GGAAAUUGUAAUUUAAACAAAUCCUAACCUCAUAAAAUAACAUAACCUCACUUUUUGUACAGAAAUGUUUUGAAAAUGAUUACAAGAAUAAUUUGCAACAAACAAAUACAGAAAUUGUAUUACAGCACCGAUAAAUCGAGUAAGAAAGUUUAUACCAGCACAGUUUUACUGCCGAAGACAGAUUUUCCGCUUAGGUUAGAAAAUAAAAAAUUGUUGGAUCGAGAUGAAAAUAUAAAUAAAGUUGCCAAUUUUGAAGAGUAUUAUGGAUGGCAGCAAGGUAAUUUGUCAGAACCAGAGUAUGUGUUACACGAUGGACCCCCGUAUGCAAAUGGGCCCUUACAUAUGGGACAUGCCAUUAAUAAGAUUCUUAAAGAUACCAUAUUGAGGUAUAAAUCGUUAAAUGGAAUCAAAGUUCAUUAUAUUCCUGGAUGGGACUGUCAUGGUUUACCGAUUGAAUUAAAAGCCAUUAGUAAUUCGGAAAAAUUAAACCCCAUUGAAAUAAGGACAAAAGCUCGCCAAUUUGCUAAAGAAACCAUAGAAAAACAAAUGGAGAUGUUUAAAGCAUGGGGAAUAUUAGGGGACUGGAAAAAUCAUUACACAACUUACAGUCCGGAGUAUGUCAAAAAUCAGUUGAGGGUUUUUUAUAAGAUUUACGAAAAAGGGUUGAUUUAUAGAGAUGUAAAACCCAUUUUUUGGUCGCCAUCAUCUAGAACUGCUUUAGCAGAAGCUGAGUUGGAGUACAAUGAAAACCAUAAAAGCCCAGCAAUUUACGUAAAAAUUGAGUUAAAAAAUCUACCAAAUCUUGAAUUUGAUAUCAACAAUUGCAAAGUCUAUGGUGUAAUAUGGACAACAACCCCAUGGACCCUCCCUUCAAACCAAGCAAUUUGCUACAACAACAAACUAUCCUACUCAUUCAUCAAAAAAGACUCAAACGUCUACUUAAUCGCCACUGAUUUGGUGAAAAGUUUCUCGGAAAAGUUAAACCACAACUUCGAAAUUCUCUCCACCAUAUCCGGUAAAACCUUGUCGAACGUUCAAUACGUUCACCCUGUAUAUAAGGAUAGAGAGUGUAGGUUUUAUAAUGCUGGACAUGUAAGUGAUUCCAAAGGGACUGGAUUGGUCCAUACUGCGCCGGCGCAUGGACCAGACGACUUCAAAGUGGCCUUAAAUAACAAAUUUUCAAUUGUGGAUUUGGUAGAUGAAAAAGGCUGCUAUAAAGAAGAAUCCGGGGACAAUUUUAAAGGCAAAUUCGUACUCACAGAGGGAAACAAAACAAUCCUAAACCUUCUUAAAGAAGACAUUCUACAUUCUGAAGAACUCACACACAGUUAUCCGUAUGACUGGAGGACCAAAAAACCUGUGAUAAUAAGAGCUAGCAAACAAUGGUUCAUUGAUACGGACUCUAUCAAAAAUAGAGCCGUUGAAGUUUUAGAGAAAGUAAAUAUCAUUCCGAAAAUCAGUUCCGAGAUUUACAAGAAAAACUUGAUCAAUCAGAUCAAGAAAAGACCUUAUUGGUGCAUUUCUAGGCAAAGGAAGUGGGGGGUUCCCAUUCCGGUUUUUUAUGAGAGAGAGUCCUCAAAGGUCGUGUGUAAUGAAGAAACCAUAAACCAUUACUGCAACAUGAUAGACCUCCAUGGUACGGAUUUCUGGUGGAAACUACCAUCAAAAGAACUAAUUCCGUCGGAAAAUGGCGGUUUAGAAAAGGGCGAAGACAUUCUUGAUAUUUGGUUUGACAGUGGCACAACAUGGUCAAAAGUUCUCGACGGUAGAAAAGUGGCGGAUUUAUAUUUAGAAGGCGUCGAUCAAUUUACGGGUUGGUUUCAGUCGUCUUUGCUCACUUCCGUGGCAAUAAGGGACAAGGCGCCCUACAAAUCUAUUUACGUGCACGGUUUCGCUGUCGACGAAAACGGCAGCAAAAUGUCGAAGUCGGUUGGGAACGUCGUGGACCCGCUGGAGAUCGUCAAGGGCGGGAAAAAGAACAAACCUUACGGAGUGGACGUGCUAAGGUGGUGGGUGGCUUGCCACGCCAACCAGGAUUCCAUGGCCCACGUUAGCACGAACGUGCUGAAGUCCAGUCAAGACGAGAUCCAAAAAAUUCGAUCCGUGCUGCGGUUUACUUUGGGAGCUCUCUCGAAUUACGAUUACGAGCCUGUGCAGUAUCAAGAUCUUUUAUUGGUGGACAAAUAUAUGCUGCACUUGUUGUAUAAUUUCAAUAGUCAGGUGAAAAAUGACAUUGAAAAUUAUCAGUUCCAGAAAGUUUGUAUUUCUGUUAUUAACCUCCUGACUAACGGUGUGUCCGCUUUGUAUUAUACCUCCAUCAAGGAUAGACUCUACUGCGAUUUGGAAGAUAAUUUGACCAGGAAAUCUGCGCAGUUUGUUUUGUAUCAAUUAUUCGAGAUUUUAUCGCAAGCGAUAGCCGGUAUUGUGCCGCACCUGGUGGAAGAAAUGUACCUGAAUUUACCCGGCAAGAAAAGUACAUACUUUAGAACCACACAUUUGCACGCAAGUGACCAAUGGCAGAACCCUAAAGUAGAGGAGGUUAUGGAUAUCAUUUUGUCGGCGAAAAAAUUAAUGAACAAGCAGCUCCAAUCAAACACCUUAAAGAGUUCCGUUAAAUUGAAGAUUCCCAAGAAAAUCGCAAACACUAUUAAGGAAUUUAUUUCUUUACAAGACUUGGAGAGCGAACUGGUCGACAUCCUCCAAAUUUCCAGCGUAAAAGUGGAAGAAAGUCCCACUCUGGAGAAAAUGGAUAUAGAAAUAACACCAAGCAGUCUGCACUCUUGCCCAAGAUGUAGGAAAGUCCAAUCAGAAACCCCAGAUGAUUUAUGUAAACGUUGUAAUUAUGUCGUCAAUGUUUUUGAAAAUAAAAAAGCAGUGAUUAAUUAA